AUGUCACGACCCGUUCUAUCGACGCAUGUGUUGGACACAUCUACGGGGAGGCCUGCAGCGGCUCUGUUUGUUGAAUUAUACAAGAAAAAAGAAAAUUCGUGGGCACUAUGGCACAGCACAACGACCACUAGUGAUGGGCGAAUACAAUUUCCGUUUACAAACGACUCGAUGUCUGGAGGAACAUACAAGUUAAUGUUUAAAGUCGGUGAUUAUUAUAAAAUGCUUGAUAAGGAGACGAUAUAUCCCUUUGUUGAGAUAACGUUCAACACCAAAGACGGCGAACACUACCACAUACCCCUACUGCUGAGCCCCUACGGAUACUCCACCUAUAGAGGAAGUUAA